AUGAGAAUAAUAUUAUCGUUUCUGACACUCUUCUUCGUAACUGCACAAAAUCAAUAUUGCAAUGUACAUAAUAAAGGAGUCAAUUCAGGAUUGGCUAAUUAACUUGCUCAUUCACUUAAUCAGAUUAGAAAUUAAGUGGCAACUGGUUAAAUAAGUUUUGAAGGAUCAUAAUCAGCAUCUAAUAUGAAUGUUAUUCAUUGGAGCAAUGGAUAUGCUAAAAUGGCUUAAACUUGUGUUGAAAAAUGUCCUCUAAAAGCAUCAACUUGUGGUUAGGUAUUAAAUCAACAUUUCAUUUUUAGUUUUAAAAUUAUGGAGUACUCUUUUAUAAGAGACACUUAAAUUAAUAAAUGAGAACAAAUUAAGUUAUGGAAAAAUGGUUUAAAGAAUCUGAAAAUGCUAAACAAUUACUUACAGCCAGAUCAAGUGCUUUUGGAUGUGGAAAAGCUGAAGAUAAUUCUUCAGAAUAUAUUGUAUGUUAUUUUGAUGAAGUAAAUAUAAUUUUUUUAUCUAUCUAGAAAUAUACAGGUGCUAAAUAAGCAUUCUUAGCAGGACCAGUAGGAGCUAGUUGUAAAUUAGGUCGAUCUAAAAUGUAUAGUGGUCUUUGUGCUACUGCAUCAUCAUAAACUUUGAUCCAUUAAUCUUCACAUAUCAAAAAUAAGAAAUAAAAAAAAUAAAAAUAAAAAUCACAUAAAAAUAAAAAAAGUAAUGAAAAAGAUGUUGCUCUAAUUACUGUGGCAGAUUUUAAUGAAUUUAUGUGAAACAAUUAUUAAAAUGAG